AUGGCUGGAGCUAUGGCUCUUCCGGCCGAGACGUGGCUACAAGUCGCGCAAUUCAGCGAGCGACGCGACUUGGCCGCGUUGGUGCGCACCAACCGUCGACUGCACAGCCUCAUCAACCGGGAGCUCUAUCGCACCGCCAUGGAGGAGAAUCUGUACCCUCUCACCCUCGGCGCUGUGAAGGCUGGGAACAUGGAUACUUUGAAGGUCGCAGCGGCGUACGGCGCGGACCUGGACGUAGCCUUUCCUCAACCCUUCUGCGACCAGGUGCUGGGUAUUUGGGAUAGAGCCCACCAUAUUGACCGGGGCCCGGACAUUGAUGAAAAGACAAAGAGCACGACUGGGCUUGGGCUGCUCCGCUACACGUUGCAGUCAUGCAAGGCCGAUACGAAAUCGUUGAGUGGCUCAUAG